UUCACUUUUAACGACGCACUAAAAAGACACAGAGCUCACUCUACUCCUCUCUUCUGCACCCCAUCAUACUCACCACCACUCUACCCAUCCGUCCCGAAAAGAAAGCUCUCCAAAAAUUGCUCCGAUUUACAAUUUGCUGAGCAAUAGUGGGCAUGCCACGCUGCGACCGAAACAAGGAUUCGAGGAGAACAUGGAAAAAUUCCCUUCACUUUUACAAAUGCACUUUAUAUUUAUUCAUCUUUAGUCUGGAACUAAACAGCAGCGUUUCAGAGCCUGUGAAUGGUGAUGUGUUUGUGUUCUUCCACGAGGGGGCUCAGGGCUGUCUAGGGGUGCAGGGUCACUCCCUGUCCCUGUCCAAGUCCUGCGAGGAUGACGCCCAGAAGUGGAAGUGGGUGACCCGGGGCCGGCUCUUCAACCUAGGCUCCUCUCUGUGCCUAGGCCUGACAACAGGCAACUACAGCUCCAGGGAGGACGUUUCACCGCUGGGCGUCUACCCCUGUGACAGAGAGCCUCCAGGGGUCCGAUGGACCUGGUACUGUGUCCAUGUGUUGGAGAACCUCAACCUGUACCUGCCGUCACCCUCGCACCCUGUUAACCCCUCCGCUAACUCCUCAGUGGUGGCCUCGGAUGUCAAGCCCCCACGGGAGGGGCUCAAGUGGAGGCUCUUUGGGGACGAUCAGGACCUUUGUUCUAGGAGCUAUCGUGAGAUCUAUACUAUCCAGGGGAACUCUCAGGGUCGGCCCUGCUACCUUCCCUUCAUGUACGAUGGCCAGUGGUUCCACAACUGCACCAGUAUUGGCAGAGAGGACGGUCACCUGUGGUGUGCCACCACCUUCGACUAUGGCAAGGACGAACACUGGGGCUUCUGUCCUGUCAAGAGCAAUGACUGUGAGACGUUCUGGGACACAGACCCCCUGACAGACAGCUGCUACCAGUUCAACUUCCAGGCCACUCUGUCAUGGAGCGAGGCUCGCAUCAGCUGCCAACAGCAGGGGGCAGACCUGCUCAGUAUCACCAAGCUGCAUGAACAGACCUACAUCAACGGUUUGUUGACUGGUUACAGUGCUGCUCUGUGGAUCGGUUUGAAUGACCUGGACAUCAGCGGAGGUUGGCAGUGGGCUGACUCCUCCCCGCUCAAAUACCUCAACUGGGAGAACGACCAGCCGGGCCAUGUGGAUGAGGAGAACUGUGCGGUGAUCAGGACAGAGUCGUCUGGCCGCUGGCAGAACAGAGACUGCUCUGUAGCCCUUCCCUACGUCUGUAAGAAGAGACCCAAUGCCACCCUGGACCCCUUCACCACCGACUCGUGGGCGGAUGAUGAGAAGUACGAGUGUGAUGUGGGCUGGCAGGCGUUCCAGGCAGGCUGCUACAGACUGACGUCAGAGAAGGUGGUCUGGGACGCUGCUCAGAAAACCUGUCAGAAAAUGGAGGCCAACCUGGUCAGCCUCCACACCCUGCCUGAACUAGAGUUCAUCAUCAACAACAUCAAGCGAGAUGUGGAGGAGCUGUGGAUUGGUCUCCAUGACACGGCUAUGCAGAUGGACUUCCAGUGGACAGACCACACGCCCGUCAUCUUCACUUACUGGCAUCCCUUUGAGCCCAACAACUUCCAAAACACCCCAGAGGACUGUGUCACCAUCUGGGGACCCGAAGGCCGCUGGAAUGACAGUCCCUGUAACCAGACUCUGCCGUCCAUCUGUAAGAAAGCAGCCCAGAAAACUGACGGACAGGCACAGGACCACGGGUGCAAACCAGGCUGGAGAUGGCACAGUCCGGCCUGCUACUGGGUGGGAGAGGAGCAGGUGACCUUCGAGGAGGGCAGGAAGGCCUGCGCUGGCAGUGGAGCUACCCUCAUCACCAUCACCAAUAGGUUUGAGCAGGCGUUUGUCAACAGUCUGGUGUUUGGCCGUUCUGGGGAUUCAUUCUGGAUAGCCCUGCUUGACCAGAGCAGCCCCGGAAAAUUCCACUGGCUCAGCGGGGAUGAAGUAGCCUAUACCAACUGGAACAGAGACCAGCCAGGAGGAAACAUCAAAGGGGGCUGUGUAACCAUGGAGACGGGCUACGCCACAGGCCUAUGGGAGGUGAAGGACUGUGCGUCGGCCCGGGCAAAGUUCAUCUGUAGACUGAACCAGGGCAAGUCCCCCAGCCCUGAGCCCCCCACCCCGCACCCCACCCCCAGCCUCACUGGAUCCUGCCCCAACGGGUGGAAGACAAACGGCAAGCUGCACCACUGCUACAAGGUGUUCGACUCGGCCCAGAUGGACCAGAAGCUGAGCUGGCUGCAGGCCCACCUAGCCUGCCAGAGACACCAUGGAGCCAACCUGCUGAGUGUCAGUGGCCCAGAGGAGGAGCACUUCAUACUGCAGAUACUACACGAAGCCUUUGGGGAGUCAGAGGACCAUGAGCAGCGCUGGUUCUGGAUCGGCCUGAACCGCAGGAACCCCAUGGACAACGGCAGCUGGAAGUGGAGCGAUGGACUGGCCUAUACGUACCAGAACUUUGGGCGUUACUACUACAACGUUCGUCAGUGUGCAGCAGCAGACCUGGGCACCAUGACCUGGCUGGCCAUGCGCUGCGACUAUGAACUGGACUGGAUCUGCAAGAUCCCCAAAGGAAAAGUUGAUAAGGAUCCAAACCCCACUGAAGCCCCCCCUGCCAGUGAGUGGGUGGGCUUCCAGGAGGCAGAGUAUAAGUUCUUUGACCACCGGUCUACGUGGGACCAAGCCCAGAGAAUCUGCUCCUGGUUCGGUGCUUCUCUGGCUUCCAUCCACUCUGAUAUGGAGGAGGUUUUCCUUGCCAACACACUGCACAAGAUGACCAAGGUAGAGGGGGACCACUGGUGGGUGGGGCUUCAUACGUAUGAGAACGAUGGCCGUUUCCACUGGUCAGACCACUCUGUGCUCAACUAUGUGUCCUGGGCUCUCGGCAGGCCACACCCACUCAGCCGCGACCGCAAGUGUGUCCACAUGUCAGUCAGCAAAGCGGAGUGGGCAGAUCAGAAAUGCCACUCAGACCUGCCCUACAUCUGUAAGAGAGUGAAUGUCACAGGCACUAUCCCACCCACACCCUCCACCCCGCUGCCCCCCGCGGGCUGUCCUGAUGGCUGGGGCCCCUUCCUGCACAAGUGUUAUAAGGUGUUUGGUCAUGAGGAGAGUCGGCGGGCCACAUGGUCAGGAGCCAAGCUCAUGUGUGAGUCACAGGAAGGAGCCUUGGCUGUGGUGCCCAAUCACGUGGAGCAAGCCUUUGUCACCACUCUGCUGUCCAACGUGAGUUUUGACCUGUGGGUGGGGCUGACAUCUGACUCUAAAGGCCACUUCCAGUGGGCUCGUCCUGGACUCCUCAGCUACACUAACUGGGCCUCUGGAGAACCCCUGGACAACAGUGGACCACUCCACAACAAGACUCCGGGGAACUGUGUGGUGAUGAUCCAUGGGAACCCAGCUAAAAAUACGGGCAUGUGGGCGUCCCGGGCCUGUGAGAUGGAGAAACAUGGCUACAUCUGCCAGAAGAAACAAGACCCAGCUCUGCCCCCUGGCGCUGCCCUCCUCCCCUCCUCCCUGUCGGGAGCCCUGGACCUGGGUGGGGUGUCAUACCGCAUAGUGAAGAAGCGCCUGGAUUGGAUGGGGGCGCUGCAUGUGUGCGAGUCUCUGAACGGGACGUUGGCUUCAGUGAGAGACCCCUACCAACAGGCUUACCUCACCCUGCUGAUGAACAGCCUACACCUCCCAGCAUGGAUAGGCCUUUACAACUAUGAGGGACGGCGCUUCAGCUGGUUGGGCGAGGAAGACCUGAUUUACACUGCCUGGCGGGAUGGGGAGCCUAAUACACUGUCUGGAUGUGGUCACAUGACCACGGGGGGGCAGUGGACUAUGAACCCCUGUGACGCUAAACUGGAUGCUGCCAUCUGUCAGAUUAAUACAGAGGAGGCUUUGGUGCACAAGUGGAGUUUCCCAGGACAGUGCCCUCACUCUCUGGGCGACUGGGCCUGGGUGCCUUUCAGAAACCACUGCUACUCCUUCAACCUGCAGAUCCUCCAGCUGCAGACCGACGCCCACUCCUCCUGCAGGAAGGUGGGUGGCCAGCUGCUGUCGGUCCUGGAUGAAACAGAGAAUGGCUUUGUGUGGGAGCACAUCCAGGGCUACCAGGAGCAGGCCCACGGAGCCUGGCUGGGUAUGAACUUUAACUCCAAAGGGGGCAGUCUGAUGUGGUCUGAGAGUGCAGAGGUGAAGUUCACAAACUGGGAGGUGCAGGGCACCAACCUGAGCAUGCUGUUUCCCAACGCCUGCUUCUGGAUCCAGAGCAACACAGGCCUUUGGAAACCAGGCUCCUGCAAGAACCGCACACAUGGAGUCAUCUGCAAGCGGCCACGCAGUGCUGAGGCUUUGGCGGUAGUCUCUGAAGAGGACCACCUGCCUACUCUGAUUGUGAUCAUGGUGACGGGCCUGGCGUUAGUGAUCCUCAUCGUGGGCGUGAUCUACCUGUACCGCCGGCGCCAGGCAGGCUCCCGUGGAUCUUACGAGGGGGCGCGCUACAGCCGCACCAACUCCAACCCCUCCGAACAGGCCGAGAAGAACAUCCUGGUGUCUGACAUGGAGCUCAACGAGCAGCCGGAGUAGCACAGCCAACCAGGACUGGCCCCUCCCCCCGGGGAAGGAGACACCUGGGAGUACCUAAUACUGACUGACCCACUGUCUGACUGAUACACAUUCUGCUUCUACAUUUUAUGUCCCUGUUCUGUUUGAAAAGAUGUUGAAGAUGCUGAAGGUCUGUGCUGUGUGGAGCGCAGCAGAUGCCAAUCAAAUUCCAUUUAAACAGUCAUUCUCCAAAGGGGUUAAUAAUAUGCAAAUUACAAUAUGAACUGCUUUUCUUAGUAGUAUAGCAAUAAUGUUUCUGAUGUCAGUUUCACAUUUCAUUUCAAACAAGUUCCUGUUUUUGGUCGCUAAGUCUAAAAGGCAGAUGCCAAAGACUAAGGCUUUGCACCAGUUCUUCCCUUGUCAGGAGACUCAGUAUCAUCCAAAUAUCAACACAACCUCCAUCGAGACCAUGACAGUAUUUACCUGAGGUUAACUUCAGGUUUGUUUUGUAUAUUUCCUUUUGGUUUGUUUGUGUGUUUUUUGUCCAGUGCAGCUGUAGUGAAUCUGUAGUGAAUCCUCCUUCUAAUUCUG